UGCAGCGUUGUCUUCUUUUGAACCGUGCAGUCGACAGGUCGUUUCGGAAUGACUCAUGUACUGGUCCAGUGGACCACAGAAAGAUCUUGGGAUGUGUAUCCUGUACGUGCUAUCGUGGACACAGCGCUUGGUUUGCGGCUUUUAAACGAAGAAGGAGCCAUCGGAGAACUACGAAACGGAGUAAUCAUUGUCAACUGGAAGGCCGGCGAAGCGCCUGCUCCGGCAAAGCUUUUGGAUUUCGGAACAGAACGGGCCAUGGAGCGGCGCCAGACCAAACUUGCGAAGUCUGGUCCACAACAUCGCAGAGGCGAGGGAGAACCCGUCGAUGAACUGCGUACUGAAAAACACCCGGGCGCAUAUGAAUGCGGCUGCGGAUCGGCCAGAAGGGUGGCAGAGUUGGAAUUUGAAGUGAAGGAACUGCAGAAGCAGCUGGGAGAUGCUGAAAACAACUAUAAUUCAUACCAGAUGGUGAAACGGCUAAAGAAAAUAACUUCUAGGCUUGACAAUGCAAAAGAUGUGGCGGCAGAACAGGUCAACAUUGGGGAGGGCGUCCUGGAAGACAAGGCGGUGCUCGACCGUCUCCAUGCGCACUGCGGAGGUGCUCCCGCCAAGUUCGCAAGGAGCCUUCUUCGACAUCUCUUCAGCCCCGAGGAACUUUGGGGCAAAUCACUCUUUGGUAGAGGCAGUAAUGCCCGGAAAGACAUGCCAACAAAGGACGCGCUAGAUCCUGUGAGGGUCAAUGCUACUAUUGGCUAUGUCUGUGGAAAAUUUGGCGCCGCUGUGAUCCAAGUAAAAAACAGCUUGUCCUCCAUGUUAUGUAGGGAAAUAAAUUGAACAUAUGCCAC